GGGUGUUCACCUUUGACUUAAAAGGUUUAGUAAAAGAAUUAAAUAUUCAGUUAUCUCCUAACGCCAUUCAGCAAAUGGAGCAAGCCACUAAUUAUCAACAGUUAGCCACUACUCGCAAUGCGGAAAUUAAAAAGCAUUUACAGAAAGAUUUAAAUAGUUUAGCGGUGGCUAACGCGUCAAAAGAAAUAAUUCAACCACCAAAUAAGGAAAGAAUUAUUUUAAUUAGUUUGCUAGCGGUGAGUUUAUUAAGCAUUGGAGGAAUGUUAAUGAAAAUUGCUAAAAGCAGGAAGAGAAAUUAA